AUGACCGUCACCAAGAUCACGCUCUUUGACAUACCAACGACGCUACCUGUUCCUACGUCGCCGAAUACUUGGAAAGUGAGGAUUGCACUCAACUUCAAGGGACUGCAUUACACUACUCGAUGGGUCGAGACGGCUGACAUCGAGACCGUCUGCAGCCAGCUCGGUAUACCACCGACCAGCACGUCCCCGUCCGGCGCACCAAAAUAUACCCUCCCCGCCCUCAUAGACGAGACCCGCUCCACCGUCAAGCUAUCCGACUCAACCCCCAUCAUUACAUAUCUCGAAAGCACCUACCCAGACCCAGACCCACGCAGGGCGCUGUACCCCGCCGACACGCGUGCUCUACAAGCCCUCUUCGAGGCGCACGUCGCGCAGCGCAUCACGGCACGCCUUAUACCCGUCAUGGUCAUGCACAUGUACGACAAGAAGACGCCCCGCGACCGUGCCGACUUCCGUAGACGCAUGGAAGCCGCGUUCGGGAGGCCGCUCGAGGACAUCGAAUUCAAGGGUACCGCCAGAGAGGAAGCAUGGCGCGAGCUCGAGGGAGCGUUCGAUGAGCUGGCCGUGUACAAGGAGAAGAGCGGUGGCGUGUACUUCACGGGCGGCCAAUUCUCGGUGGCGGACUUGACACUCGCGGGCAUUAUCCUGGCCAUGCGGUACGAUAGCCCGGACGAGGCAUGGCCGAAGUUGCAAGAGUGGAACAAGGGAGAGUGGAAGCGGUACAUGGACGCGUUCGAGGAGUAUCUCAUUGUGAGAUGA